UAAUCUAAACGGCUCGGCGAAUCGAUUCGUUGGCGCUUGGCUUCGUUUCCUGAUCACGCCGGGCCGCCGCCGCCUGUUGCGCGUGGAGCGGCGUGAAAUAUGGAAUCCGCACGUGACUUUAUUGAACUCCUCCUGCGUGCCAGGAUGCACUGAGACCCGGGCACUGGAAUGUGGAGUUUAGCUGAGCUUCGUAUGAAGCGCGACAUCAGUUGACACCGUGCGGUUCGCAGUGGGAUGACCGGGCCCCCGGCAUACGAACGUGCAAUGCAAUACCGCGCAUCAAAAGAGGAUGGAUCGAUGUCUCUGGUGGUUUUCCUGCUCUUCUCGAUGACGGGAACCACAUGGUGUCAAGUCUCCUGCCUCAAUGGGGAGGGGAAAUCUGUGGAUUGGUUCAUAGUCUACAAGCUGCCAAAGGGAAAAGAUUACCUCUACUUGGACAAAUCAACGCAGAGCUGGCAGAAUGCCCAAGUUGAUGUCGAUAGCAAUUCCAGCCCUGUUUACCAGACGGUCAACCAGCUCUACGACGGGAACGCGACCGAGGCCGGCGACGUCGCCUUCGUUCUCUAUAACGAUGAACCACCCAACUCCCCUCACUACGACAGCAUCUGCGGCCACACCAAAGGCGUCGUGAUGCUGGACGGGACGGGCGGCUUCUGGCUCGUGCACAGCACGCCGCACUUCCCGCCGUCGGUGCCGGGGCCGUUUGCGUGGCCCCACACGGCGCUGCGCUAUGGCCAGUCCUUCCUGUGCGUCUCCUACGGUUUCGACCAGUUCGGCGACAUCGCCCUGCAGCUGCGCUACAACGAGCCAGACCACUACAGCUGCCAGGUCGGGGCCCAGCUCAAGGACAAGUUGCCCGACCUGCAGGCGCUCUGCGCCAAAACAAAACUGCAGGUGGAGUCCGCGACGCGCGUUGUCGAGCUCACCUCCUCCGCCGGGAAAACCUUCCGCAGCUUCGCCAAGACACACCGCUUCGACGACGAUCUGUACGUUCACUUGGUGGCGCCCAACCUCAAGAGCAGCCUCUACCUGGAAUCGUGGGUCCACGGCGUCGGGGUGUUCGACUCAAACUGCUCGGGCGAGUUCUGCGUUUGCCGCGUCUCUUCCAUCUCCCUGCCGAGCGUUGCCCCUUUCUCCUCUGAGGAGGACCACUCCAAGUGGUGUGUGUCGCAGACGGGCGGGUCCCCCGGCGGGGCCUGGGCCUGCGUGGGUGACAUCAACCGUAAUCGCGGCGAGGAGUACCGGGGGGGCGGAACGGUGUGCACCGAUGACCCCGCCAUCUGGGCCGCCUUUGCCAAGGCCACGACCAGCGUGGAGCCCUGCCCUGCUGGGCCGCGAGACAAGAACAACAACAGGGGGUCCUGUGACUGUGCUGUGCCCGCAUGCCGUGGCGGCUACGUUGGCUUGCCUGGCUUGUAGGGGUCAUGAGGAGGGUAAAGGGGUUAACGCAGAGUAUGAAGUGCAUAACGCUCUUAACGCGGAGACUCCCUGAUUAGCUUCAUUAACUUGCGAGGGUUAUCUCAGAGUAAUGGGUAGAGACUGCUAUAACAAACACUUAUUUCGCUGGCUUGCCUAGAUCGUAGUAGUGAACACAGCAUUUGGUGUGCAUCGCCAUACGACUAGAGACUCUUUGCCUGGCUCGUAGGGGUUAACACUCACGGGUACUCACUGCUACGGGGUCUUGAAUGAGCACCACUGUAACAUAGAGACUAGGCACUGGCUUGCCUCGAUUCUAAGGGUUAACAGUGAUGGGUACGUGCCACUAUA